ACCCCAUCCAGUAGAGCCGGUGGAGAAGGCGCCACGUCCACAACUUGCGCCAUCUUCUGAUCUUCUAAUCUUCCAAUCUUCUAAUCUUCUUUUCAUAAUUUUAAUGAAAACAAUGUGUAAAUCAAACAACUUUCCAAAGGAGUGAAGAAGAACGAAGAAGAACAAAUCUAUACUCCCAUUAACAAUGGAGAAACUGGCAAUUCCUUGCCAAACAAACCCUCCAAUUUCUGUCCCUGCUUCAGUUAUCAAACCCAGACCCCUUAAAUUCUCUUCAAAACCAAUUAAAACUUCUGUAUUUUUCACCUACAAACUUACUUCUAAGUCCAAUGAUGACCAUUUGAGUUACCUUUGCAGCAAUGGGCUACUCCGUGAAGCCAUAACAGCCAUCGAUUCAAUGUCUAAACGUGGGUCUAAGUUAAGCACCAACACGUAUAUCAACUUGCUUCAAACUUGCAUAGAUGCGGGUUCUAUUGAACUGGGUCGUGAGCUUCAUGUUCGUAUGGGUUUAGUCGAUCAGGUAAACCCAUUUGUUGAGACAAAGCUAGUAAGUAUGUAUGCGAAAUGUGGGUGUCUUAAGGAUGCACGCAAGGUGUUUGAUGGAAUGCAGGAGAGAAAUUUGUAUACUUGGUCGGCAAUGAUAGGGGCAUAUUCGAGAGAACAGAGAUGGAAAGAAGUAGUUGAACUUUUCUUUUUGAUGAUGGGAGAUGGGGUGCUGCCUGAUGCCUUUCUUUUCCCAAAAAUACUACAGGCUUGUGGGAAUUGCGAGGAUCUUGAAACUGUGAAGUUGAUACAUUCUCUCGGUAUUCGAUGUGGGUUGAGUUGUUAUUUGCGUGUGAGCAAUUCUAUCUUGACGGCAUUUGUCAAAUGUGGGAAGUUGAGUCUAGCUAGGAAGUUCUUUGGGAACAUGGACGAAAGAGAUGGGGUCUCUUGGAAUGCUAUGAUAGCUGGUUGUUGCCAGAAGGGAAAAGGUGACGAAGCUAGGAGAUUACUUGACACGAUGAGCAAUCAAGGAUUCAAACCGGGUUUGGUUACUUAUAACAUAAUGAUUUCAAGUUAUAGCCAGUUGGGGAAUUGCAAUCUUGUUAUAGACUUGAAGAAGAAGAUGGAGAGUGUGGGUUUAGCGCCUGAUGUCUAUACUUGGACCUCAAUGAUUUCAGGUUUUGCUCAGAGCAGCAGGAUCAGUCUGGCAUUGGAUUUCUUCCAGAAGAUGAUUCUGGCAGGGAUUGAACCAAAUACUAUAACUAUUGCAAGUGCGACCUCAGCCUGUGCUUCCUUAAAAUCAUUGCAAAAAGGAUUGGAAAUACAUUGUUUUGCAAUUAAAAUGGGAAUUGCGCGUGAAAUAUUGGUUGGGAAUUCGCUUAUUGAUAUGUAUUCUAAAUGUGGAAAAUUGGAAGCUGCUCGCCAUGUCUUUGACACGAUCUUAGAAAAAGAUAUUUAUACAUGGAACUCGAUGAUUGGAGGAUAUUGUCAGGCUGGAUAUUGUGGAAAAGCGUACGAACUUUUUAUGAGAUUAAGGGAAUCAAAUGUCAUGCCUAAUGUUGUUACAUGGAAUGCGAUGAUAUCAGGAUGUAUACAGAAUGGAGAUGAGGAUCAAGCUAUGAACCUCUUUCAAAUAAUGGAAAAAGAUGGAGGGGUUAAGCGGAAUACAGCAUCCUGGAAUUCUCUGAUUGCUGGGUACCAUCACCUUGGUGAAAAGAACAAAGCUCUAGCAAUAUUUCGACAAAUGCAGUCUCUUAAUUUUAGUCCUAAUUCAGUGACUAUCUUGAGCAUUUUACCAGCUUGUGCAAAUGUAAUGGCAGAGAAAAAGAUAAAGGAAAUCCAUGGUUGUGUGUUGCGCAGAAACCUGGAAUCUGAGCUAGCUGUUGCAAACUCACUUGUAGACACUUACGCCAAGUCAGGGAACAUUAAAUAUUCAAGAACCAUCUUUGAUGGCAUGCCAUCCAAAGAUAUUAUCACCUGGAAUUCAAUUAUUGCAGGAUAUGUUUUACAUGGUUGUUCAGAUUCUGCAUUUCAAUUGCUUGAUCAGAUGAGAAAGCUUGAAAUUAGGCCAAACCGAGGUACUCUGGCUAGUAUUAUUCAUGCCUAUGGCAUUGCCGGAAUGGUAGACAAGGGAAGACGUGUUUUUUCUAGCAUCACCGAAGAACAUCAAAUUCUACCAACUUUAGAUCAUUAUUUGGCUAUGGUAGAUCUCUAUGGACGUUCUGGGAGGCUUACAGAUGCAAUAGAAUUCAUCGAAGAUAUGCCUAUAGAACCCGAUGUCUCUAUCUGGACCAGCUUACUUACGGCCUGUAGAUUUCAUGGGAACUCACGCUUGGCAGUUCAAGCAGCCAAGCGCCUACACGAAUUGGAGCCUGAUAAUCAUGUGAUAUACCGUUUAUUAGGGCAGGCAUAUGCCUUAUAUGGGAAAUUUGAACAAACCCUAAAAGUGAGAAAGCCUGGAAAAGAGAGUGCGAUGAAGAAAUGUACAGCACAGUGCUGGGUUGAAGUCAGGAAUAAAGUCCAUUUAUUUGUCACUGGCGACCAGUCUAAACUUGACGUUCUAAAUACUUGGAUAAAGAGCAUUGAAGGGAAAGUAAAGAAAUUGAAUAAUCACCAUCAGCUUUCUAUUGACGAAGAAGAGAAGGAAGAAAAAAUUGGUGGGUUCCACUGUGAAAAAUUUGCAUUUGCUUUUGGCCUUAUUGGCUCAUCUCACACACGCAAAAGUAUAAAGAUUGUGAAAAACUUAAGAAUGUGCGCCGACUGUCAUCAGAUGGCCAAGUAUAUCUCAGCGGCUUAUGAAUGUGAAAUAUAUUUAAGCCACUCAAAAUGCUUGCACCAUUUCAAAAAUGGUCACUGUUCUUGUGGGGAUUAUUGGUAGCCUUCAGCACUACGUGGAAGUUGUUCUUAGUAUCAAAUUCCCGUUAAUGGAAAAGGGUAGUUGAUUGAACAGAUGAAAUUAAAUCUCAAGGAAUGAGCAUUUCUGAAGAUUGUUUAGACUGAUUCCUGUAGAGUUUGGCUGAGAAUGAAUUGUUCAAUACACUUUGACAGAGUUUUGAUGAUUCUCGAAAAAUCAAGCCAAUCAUGGCUGGUCCUUUUGGGGGACCAGCUGGAAAUAACUGGGAUGAUGGAGUUUAUUCAACUAUCAGGCAGUUGGUAAUUUGCCAUGGAGCUGGUAUCGACUCCAUUAAGAUUCAAUAUGAUGUGAAGGGAAGUUCAAUUUGGUCAGAUAGACAUGGAGGAAAUGGUGGCACUAAAACAGACACGGUGAAGCUUGAUUUUCCGGAUGAGUACUUGACUAUGAUCCGUGGAUACUAUGGUAGCUUUGUGUCAUUUGACAAAGUGUUUGUUCGAUCCCUGACUUUUAUGAGCAACAAAAAGAAGUACGGACCUUAUGGGGUUGAACAAGGAACAGUUUUCUCUUUUCCAACGACUGAGGGCAAGAUUGUAGGGUUCCAUGGCAGGAGUGGAUUGUACCUGGAUGCCAUUGGAGUUUAUCUAAAGCCUAUGGCUAUACAAUCACCAUCUAAAGCAAUGAUUCAAUCACAGGACCAUCUUGCUAGUAAGACUGAAAAUGAAGGGUAUUCAAUUAUACAAGGAAGUGUUGGCCAAAAUUAUGAUAUUGUUCUUGCUGUCAGGCAGAAGGAUGAAUUCAAAAAACCUCUUCCAACUACUAUCUCAAAACAAGUAUCUAGUUCCUCGAGCUCAGAAUCAAGUGAUGAUGAAUCCACAAUUAAGAGGCCUGUUAAGAAGGGACCGUCUAAAGUCGAAAAUGUGGUACCAUGUGGACCCUGGGGCGGCUCGGGUGGAACAAUAUUUGAUGAUGGAUGUUACUCUGGUAUUAGACAAAUUAAUGUGUCGCGCAAUGUUGGAAUUGUAUAUAUAAGAGUUCUGUAUGCUUGCGAUGAAGAAUCUAUAUGGGGAACACGGGCAGGUGGAGCGGGAGGGUUCAAAUAUGACAAGGUUAUCUUUGAUUAUCCAUAUGAAAUCUUGACUCAUGUAACUGGACACUAUGGGCCUGUCAUGUACAUGGGACCUAAUGUUAUCAAGUCACUCUCAUUUCAUACUACAAAAGCGAAGUAUGGACCAUUUGGAGAGGCACAAGGAACGCCUUUUAGUACCAACGUCAAGGAGGGGAAGAUUGUUGGAUUUCAUGGAAGGAAAGGUUUGUUCCUAGAUGCUCUUGGUGUGCACUUAGUUGAAGGAAAGGUGACCCCGCUGUCACGUCCUCCCGCCAGUGAUAUUAUUCCUGCUGCACCGCCACUUCUUGAAAAUGGUAAUGCCCCUUGGACUAUGAAACUAGCACCUUCAAAAGGAGCACUUGAAGAGAUUGCUCGUGGUGUAGUUAAAAAACCAGCACCCUGUGGACCUGGACCAUGGGGCGGAGAUGGCGGUAAACCAUGGGAUGAUGGAGUAUUUUCUGGCAUUAAACAGAUAUACUUGACACGGUCUCUUGAAGCUUUUUGUUCGAUUCAAAUUGAAUAUGAUCGAAACAAACAAUCAGUUUGGUCAGUUAGGCAUGGAGGAAACAGUGGAACAAACGUACAUCGGGUAAAAUUGGAUUAUCCACAUGAAGUGUUAACAUGUAUAUCAGGAUAUUACGGUUACAUCGGUAAAGACGAGAGACAACAAGCUGUAAAGUCGCUUACAUUUCACACAAGCAGGGGGAAGUUCGGUCCUUUUGGGGAGGAGGUAGGGUCGUUUUUCACGUCAACGACGACAGAGGGCAAAGUAGUUGGCUUCCAUGGGAGAAGCAGCUUGUAUUUGGACGCCAUUGGAGUUCACAUGCAACACUGGCUAGGAAGCCAAAGGGCAUCCAGGUCGUCCUUUUUCAAACUGUUCUGAUAUGAAACUGAGAAUUAAUAAAGCUGGGGAUGGAGCAAUAUGAUUACGUUAAUAAUCAAUUCUGGAAAAGUGAGAUUCUUUCAACUUUUCCUUGUCUUCCAUUUGCAUGGAAAAGAAUGUUUGGCCUAAUCAAUGACGCUUAUCAUAUUAUUUCUGGAUAUGAUAUUUCAUAUUCCCUCUCUUACAAACAUCACUUAGUUUGAUCAUUCUAAACAUCCUCCAUCCUCUUAUCCUUUUCAUCUGUAGAUUAAACCUUCCCAAACGAGUUGAUACUGUUUGUGAAAUGUAAUAAAAAUUGAAUGUGAUAAAGCAUAUUGAGUGACUUUUUUUAAGUGUAUUAAAAAGUCAUUCCAAGUAGGUCAAAAGUUAUUUCUGGAGGUGUGUUGAUUAUGUGUAAUAUUGUGAUAUAAUAUUAUGUUGUAAUGAGGUGAGGGGAUGAUUGGUCACAUUAGUGGACAAAUAUGAAUUGUGGUUAAGUUUUAAGACA